AUGGGCUGUGCUGGUUAAAAACAGAAUCAAAAACAAUCAUAAAAUAUGCUUCAUUUACAAAGUCAGUCAAUCUCAAUUUAUCAUUCAAAAAGAAAAAUGUGUAUAGAAUCUUUACCAAUGAAUGAUCCUAAACAAUAAAUUUAAUUAUAUAGAUCAAUCGAUAUAUCAAAAGAUUAAGAAUUUGUUUUAAAGAGUGUUAAAAAGUUCAUUCCUAAAAAUUCAGAAUCUCCAAACUCAACUCCAAAAUUUAAUUAAAGUCUUUAGUUCGGUAUAGGAAUUGGAAAUCAUAGAAAUAAAGUUAUUUUAUGA